CUCCGUGCGCGUCAUGACGUCCGUGUCGUUCUUCUCCGAGAACCUGGGCUCGGCAGGCGGCGAUGACGGAGGCGUCCAGUCCGAGGGGGAGAACGGCUCCCUGCAGGACCGCGGCGAGCCCGACCCGGACACCAUAAACAUGUUUGUGGGCCAGAUCCCACGCUCGUGGGGCGAGAUGGAGCUGCGUCAGCUGUUCCAGCAGUUCGGGCCCGUGUACGAGAUCAGCAUCGUGCGUGACCGCACACAGAGGCUGCCACAACAGGGGCGUGGAGAGGGCCCAGCGCAGAGCCGAGGCUGCUGCUUUGUAACGUUCUACACGAGGAAGGCGGCGAUGGAGGCGCAGAAUGCGCUCCACAACAUCAAGAUCCUCCCGGGGAUGCACCAUCCGGUUCAGAUGAAGCCCGCGGACAACGAGAGGUCGACCGCGGAGGAGCGCAAGCUGUUUGUGGGGAUGCUGGCCAAGAAGCUGACGGACGGCGAGGUGAGCUCCAUGUUCAGCCCCUACGGAGCCGUGGAGGACUGCAAGGUGCUGCUGGGACCAGACGGCCUCAGCAAAGGAUGUGCUUUCCUCACCUAUGCAACCAAGGCAGCUGCCCUCAAGGCCAUCAAGAUGAUGCAUCACUCGCAGACCAUGGAGGGCUGCCGUGCACCGCUGGUUGUCAAGUUUGCCGACACGGCCCGCGAGAAGGAGAAUAACCGGGUCCACCAUCGCCUGAGCCUCAUGCAGCAGCAGCAGCAGCAGCUGGGCGUGAUGGGCGGCGGAGGAGGGGGCGGGCAACUGCUGCAGACAGCGCUGUCGGCCAUCAACCCCCAGCAGAUGGGAGGCAUGAACGCGAUGCAGAUGCAGGCCCUCGCCACGUUGGCCACUGCCGCAUCGGGCGGCCUCGGUGGGGGCGGCGGCGUGGGGGGCGGCCUGGGCCCCCUGGGGGGGGGGCGGGGGGGGGCACGGGGGAAACGCCGCGAUGAACUCAGGCUCGAGUCUCUCAGGGUCUGGGCUGGGUGGGUUUGGGGGGGCUCUGUUGGGGGGGGCGGGGGAAUGGGGGGGGGCGGCUUCGGGGGCGGUGGGAGCUCCGGGUCUGGGAUGGGCUCGAUGGGAUCCGGAUCUGGCCUGGGCGGGAGCCGUGCCGACACGAUGGCUCAGGCCUACACGGGCAUGCAGCAGUACGCAGCCUCCGCCUUGCCCAGCCUGUACGGCGGGGGACAGCAGCAGCAGCAUCAGCAGCAGCAGCAUCAGCAGGGACUGUUCCAGCAGCAUCAGCAGCAGCAGCAGCAGCAUCAGCAGGGGCAGCAGCAGGGGCAGCAGCUGGGGUUCGGCAUGGCGGCGGGCAGUCACAAGGAGGGCCCGGAGGGAGCGAAUCUGUUCGUGUACCACCUACCCCAGGAGUUCAUGGACUGCGACCUCAUGCAGAUGUUCGUGCCGUUCGGCAACGUCGUGUCGGCCAAGGUGUUCAUCGACCGCAUCACCAAGAUCAGCAAGUGCUUCGGCUUUGUGAGCUAUGACUCUGCGGCCUCAGCCCAGGCGGCCAUCCAGGCCAUGAACGGCUUCCAGAUUGGGAUGAAGCGUCUGAAGGUUCAGCUGAAGCGCAACAAGAACGACGGCAAACCGUACUGACCCCACAGAAAACGUUUGGUACGUGGGCUGUACCCGUGUCUCUACCGUUGACGUGACGUGUAAAACAAAACUGUUCACCUUCCGGGGUCUUUGUGAGCUGUUGGUGGUGUAACGCACGCACUCACACGCACACGCACUCGCGCACGUGCACGUGAUGAACACUUGAUGAACGCUCGCACGAACGCCUGUCCACCCAUGCAGUCGCUCGCACAAAUGAAGCUCUCCCACACUCGUACAGACACUCUCGCGCGCCUGUAGCGCCCGUACAAACGGCUGCACGAACGCUCUUACUCCGCACGCUCACGACCACUCACACUAAAGAUUCCCACCCCCCGCCGCAUAGCCUUCACGGACCGUUGGGGCAAGUGCUGUUAGAGACAUAGACACACACACACUGACACACUGACGACACACAACAACAGCUGUCACCCACGGGGCUUGUGCCAGGCCCAGGUGCACUUUGAGGUCAAGUGAAGUGUCGGAAGGCUCGCCGCUGGCAGGAGGUUCACGGGACACCCAGGUGCCAUGGGUUGACUGGCUGACAGAUUGGCAGAUGCGUUACCACCUUUGGCCAGCUUGCUGUGUUUUAGCUGCCCGGUGCUCCGCUCGUUAUUGUGAGCGUCGCCUCUCUGCUCUUUGCUGGAGGGGCGACUGCCCCCAAACUGGCCAAGUAGCAUCCUUGACGAGCCUCUUCCACAGAGGCCGAUCUGGGACACCUUUGGUACUUGUCUUCGGCAAGUCCGCUCGGCUCCACAGAGUCCUGGACUGCAGCAGUCCAUCUCUUCACCAGCCCGUGCCUCGCCCGUUCAGCCCCCUCUAGUCAGCCAACGCAGCCUUGCCUGCCGGAGGAGCUCACCGAUGGGAAUGUGUCCAGAUCAUUCAAGUAUUUGUGAGCUCCUCUGGAUCGUAGGUAGGGCCAGCCUUAAAUGUUUCUAACCGAUGCAGACGCUGCAUUUAGAGGGGGGGGUCCACAUUUCGCCGGCAUAGGGAAGGGAGGGCAUGAUUGGCCGAGAAGACCCGACGCUUCAUGUGGAGAAACAGACCAGGCAGCUUCCACACAGCAGCGUUGCACUGCAAAACCGGAGCUGGUCAUAAACACACUGCCCCGGGUAUGGACACGCCCCUCUCCACUUUCUCCACAACUGCCCCACUGCCAAAAGGAGCUGAGGGGACGGAGUAGUGGAUGACAAAAUACCCAGGCAGAGCAGAUCUUCAGCAUACCUAACAUGAUUGGCCCAAUAGGGAGCCAUCCCUCGAACGCUGCUGGACAUCAAAAUCGGCCUCGCCGUUUCAUCUGUACCAGAUGAGAGAAGGGUCCCCUUUAAUGGCUUGGAGCAGAGGGUCGGGGGACUCCAAAAGCACGAAGCACCCAGACCCCCCCGUGGCCUUAUUCAAUUGACGGUGUCGCAGGGCCUUGGCCGGGUUCAGUAAGUCCCGUUGGCUUCCCCCAACACCUCCGGGCCGCCGUGGAAAAUACCGCGUCCGCUCGGGACCGCCGCCGCCCCCAGCCGUGAAAGCAGCUCGUCGCACAAACACGCACGUACACGCACGUACACGCGCCGACACCACCACCACCACCGCCACCACCGCCACCACCACCACCGCCACCACCACCACCACGCAGCGUUGUAACGCGCGAGCGUGCGCACCCACUCGUCUGUGGUGUAGUUUACUCCACCCACCCUUUACCCCCUUUGUCGUGUGACGGCAGAAUGGCCGUUUUUUUUUUAAAUUUGAGUACAACGUGGGGAAACGCUGUGUCCGUGUACCAACGUGUGUGUGUGUGUGCGUGUGUGUACGCGCACACGCGCAGCAAGUCAUGUCGUUUUGAACUUUGUUACCGACUCGGGCGCCAAGAGAAUUAUAUAAAUGUCGCCGAGUGGUGUGGCCGUCAUUCCUUU